CUGUAAAGAGAGUAUUCUCCUGUUUCUAGGAGUGAGUAUCAGUCUUGUUUAUUCAAGUGGAAGGCAGGAGUGUGGGCUUGUGUCCUGGAGCAGCAGAAAUAGAGCAGAGAAGAUUCUUGACAUAUGAGUGAAACGGAGUUAACAAUGGAGCCAUCAGAAGAAUUUUUGUUCCAACAUAAAGGAAUUUAUUUCCAAGCAGACUUUGUUACACGUGAAUACAUAGAUUCACUGGAGGAUUUUGAAAUCAGAGACAGUGAUGUAUUUGUAGUUACUUAUCCAAAAUCAGGGACUGUGUGGACUCAGAAUAUUUUGAGCUUGAUUUAUCAUGAAGGCCAUCGAGAUGGAACAGAAAAUAUGGAAACAAAACGCAGAGUCCCAUGGCUGGAGUAUAACAUACAUAAUAUCGAUAAAGUCCAUCGUCCAUCACCUCGUCUCUUUGCUACUCACCUGCCUUACUAUUUAGUACCAAGAGAUCUGAGGAACAGGAGAGCAAAAGUUAUUCAUGUAGCCAGAAAUCCUACGGAUGUUGCGGUUUCCUAUUUUCGUUUUAGCAAGCAUGCAUUCAUAUUUGAGACAAUACCAGAUUUUCAUAUUUUUCUGGAGAGGUUUUUAGAUGGGAAAGUACUUGCUAGCUCCUGGUUUGAUCACAUCAGAGGCUGGUAUGCCCACAGAGCUGAUUACAAUAUUCUCUUUCUUACUUAUGAGGAGAUGAAGAAGGUGAGGCCUGUUGAUAUCAUUAUAUCUAAACACUGA